UAGGCUGCUUUCGGAAGUAGCCUAAACAAUUAUUAUUAUUGUUAUUUAUUUUUUUUACCAGCCAGUAGCCUAUUUAAUAACUGCACAAAUCAUGAGUCAAUAGAGUGAGCAGGCACAGGCUGGGUUGCCGUCUCCGCGUUUCCUCUCCCCCUGCAGCUAGGGAUUGAGUAACACAUUGAUAAAACACUGUAUCACUUAUCCUGAUAGCCACGGUUCCCCCCGGACCUGUCUGUCCUCUCGCAGAGAGGCGGACCAAUCACAGGCCUAAGGCUUGGUAGUUGUUCCUUAAAAGCACCUGUCUUCAUAACACCUGGCAGACGAGAGAACUGCUUUACGCAUGCUCCUCACUACAGACGCGCUGCUCAACCAAUGGUCUUCAAAUCUUUUCAGAGAUAAAAAAGCCGCCGCAUCCGUGGAUCUGACAGAUUGCCUGAUCUUCACUAAUGACUGAGGACAUAGCAGGAAGGAACCAGAGGAGACACAAUGCCUAGGUCUUUCUUGGUGAAGAGCAAAAAAGCCCACAGCUACCACCAGCCACGAUCUUUGGAGGAUGACCACAAAAGACUUGAUACUAUUUUAGCUCAUAUAUGUGCAGAAAGCAAAACUUCAGACGAGUCAGAGUGCUGUCCGGAUGCCCUGACAGGCGACACCGAGGGCGCGUGUUCACCGGACUCUCACCUGGUGGUGGAUCACGCGGAUCUUUCUUCCAAGUCUCCUCUCAGCUGUGGGGGAAGCGUGUGCGACCCCUCCUCAGAUUACGAAGACUUUUGGCGACCUCCAUCACCAUCAGCAUCACCUGAGUCAGAAAAGUCCUUUUCUCCCUCCGCUGAGGAAACCCAGCCCUUCGCCGUCCCCUUCAGACCUUACGCGUGGAGCAGGUACUCUGGAUGUGAAAUCCGACAGCUGGUCCAGCAUACUUUCAACCAUCACCCCUCUCUGGAUCUCGAGCGCCCUGCUCCUCCAGACUUUUACAAAGACCGCGUGGUCGAGUCCUCUCUUUUCACUGAAAGAGGAUCUGGCGCUAGCAUUUACAACAGUUAUAGUUCCACUGCCACACUGUUCGAGCGCGCCACUGCCUCUGGACUUUAUGAUGACAGCAACACACUGGCAAAGGGCACGGAGGUGAAAGCCAGCUCUGAUGUGAUGUGCAGUCGUCUCCUGCUGAAUGGCGCAUACAAAUGUAUCAAAUGCAGCAAGGUGUUUUCUACUCCACAUGGCUUGGAAGUUCACGUCCGGAGGUCGCAUAGUGGAACAAGACCUUUCGCUUGCGACAUCUGCGGGAAAACGUUUGGACACGCAGUCAGUCUGGAACAACACAGAGCUGUUCACUCACAGGAAAGAAGCUUUGAUUGUAAAAUCUGUGGGAAAAGUUUUAAAAGAUCAUCCACUUUGUCCACUCACCUCCUCAUACACUCCGAUACACGGCCCUAUCCGUGCCAGUACUGCGGAAAGAGAUUCCACCAGAAGUCAGAUAUGAAGAAACACACAUUCAUCCACACAGGGGAGAAGCCACACAAAUGUCAGGUGUGUGGGAAAGCUUUCAGUCAGAGCUCCAAUCUGAUAACACACAGUCGAAAACACACCGGAUUCAAACCGUUUGGAUGUGACCUCUGCGGCAAAGGGUUCCAGCGCAAGGUCGAUUUAAGAAGACACAAGGAAACACAACACGGAUUGAAGUGAGGGAACACUUCAGGACUUUACCAAACACUAUUGAACAACCCAUCGGGACUUUAAUAGUCUUUUUUAACGUAACAAGCUACAAAUGCUCAUUCAUUAAAUCAGUGUUUUAGAGUAGGCAACUAAUAGCGUUUACAUUAGUUGUAGAGCUGUUUACGCUUUGUGAGAUUUGCCUACGAGUCAGCAGCAGGCCAGCAGGUCUGGUAGCUUUCAUGGUGAUGUUCUGCAGGGUAUAUCACAGGGUAUCUUGAUCCAGAUCAAUAGCCCGCUGCAGAGACAUGCCAGGCAUCGUGUCUGAACCCAAAAUAUUAUCACCAAAAUAAUUAGCGACGAAAUAUAACCGCCGCUAGAAAGGACACUGUAUCACCCAAAAUAUCAGCUGAAGGAGACAAAAAUCAGCGCAUCUCAAAAGAAUGUCACUUUGUUUUCAACGCUGCGAAGGGAAUGCUGGCAAAACAAGCACUACAAUAGACUGCGAGAUUUCAUCAAUAAAAGAGUUGUUUGUGUACUAUAGCGCAACUUAAAUGAUUUGGCAACUCGCCGAAGUUUUUCCAUUCAUCAUGUUUUUUAUUUUUUAUUUUCUAUUAGGUUCGUUUUCUUCAACGCAAUAAACAAAUAGGCUAUGUAAGAACUCAACUGUCUUUUAAAAUGUAUUAAAUCGAUAAAUUAAUUUAAAUUAAAUUUGUUUUAUAUCAUUUACACUAUUUAUUGGAAUAAAGAAUUUUACGGAGAGAUAUUUCGUGUGUAUUUUUUAUUUGUUUGUGUAAUUAUCAAAGUUUGUAUAGCCUGUUUCAUACAGAUUUAUAAAAUCUCUGUAUAGUGCACAACGAAUAACUUAGGCUAUUUGGAGCUAAGCAUAGGCUUUUUCAUUUCAUGAUUGUAAAUGAAAGCAUAUCAUUAUUUUAAGAAUUCAGUUGGGUAUUUCAUUACGUUUAAAAGAAAAUGAUUUAUUCGAAACAGGAAACAGCUAUGGGGAAUUCCAAAUGUGUUCCGCAAUCAGUGCGUUAUUUUAUAUUGGAGAGACCAAGAAAUAGGUUAAUUGAAAGUCAAUAAUUAUUUCAUAUUAGAAAUGAAAGGGAAGAGAAACAUGUGGAAAAAUAAAGAGGAUUGAUCAACUUAUGUCUUUAAAUACAAUGACAUCUCAGCCUACUAAUUCACUGAAAGCUGAGAGGAGAU